ACUGGUUCCAGGGGGCUCCAGGAAACCACCCAAAUCUCACAAAAAACACCAUCUCACGGCAACAAACAUGAAACAGUAAUGCACACAAAUUGCUCCUUCGCAAAUCUCCAUCUUUCAAGCAACGACAAACAUGAGCAAGAACGAGCCGGGAUUCCUGCGAAACCUCUCUUUGGACGUUGUUGAGGGCGGCUUGCCACUUCGGGCCAUAAUGGUGCCUCGAGAGGUCGACCCCAUUGUUGGAAUGAUUAUAGAGAUUCGGAGCGGCAAGAGAAGCGAUCACAGCACGGCAACCAACACAUGUUGUGUGGAUAUUCCGUUGAGUCUAUCAGCCAGCGGUCGGCAUGUACGAGAAAGGAGUUCCUCCAUAGGCACAGAAGAGAUGCGAGGACAGGGCAGCGACCAAGAAUGCGAGAGAAUUCAUCCCCUUCCUCGAAGUGCUUCCCUCGUGUCCCUUCCAGCGAAAGUCAUCUGUCUCGCAGGCAGCUUUGACCGCUUUGGUACAUUCCCGUCCAACAAGGAAAAGACGGACAAGAUCAUGUUGGCCCCGAUCAAGUCGUUGGAUUGCAAUCCACAAGAGAUUCCGUCUGAGAUCUCUGUUCUGCCCCCCUUGACCCGCAUGAUACCGGUGCUAGUGAACACAAGCUAGGGGAGGUCGUUCUUGAAGCAUCUCUCGUGCUGGGCGCAUCGCAUAAUGAACUCUCUUUGAAGCACAAAAGCACACUUCUGUUGAAGCUUUUGUAUUCUGGGGUUUGUCAGUGAAACAACUUCCCAGUAACGAGAUUCUGUUUAUUAACUAUAUAUAAUACAUGCUACAGUACCCAAGAA